CAGCCCUCCCUGGGUCAUAGACAGACAGCAAGACAAACUGGGCACAAGGAAACAACAUUUGGAUUUGAUCUGAGACUUGAGCAUUUCUGCUCCAUCAUGGCAGCACCUAGCAUCUCCCACUCAGGUUCAGCAGAUUCCAGCUCAACCUUUGAGGAUUAUUCUCUCUACAGUCAUCUGAGCGACAGUGAGCUCCUUCAGCUCGCCAUUGAACGCAGUCUGAUUGACACGCAUGGCAGCGCUGCCGCCACCACCGCCAUCAGCACCAACAGCACCACCACACAACGUCCACACCGCCAUGACAACAAGCCGACCCCUUCAGCUGCAACCAGCAACCAACCACCAGCAGCCAGUACCCAGAAUCCAGCUGCUGCCCAGUUGGGGGCUCACUACAGUUCUCCAAACCCUCCAACUGUAAAACCUCCUGAUCCAAAGACUUUUGUUGGUACAGUGAGUCGAUUCAUGACUGGUUCUGGAAAGAGGAUGGUGGCGUAUUAUAAAACUGAUGGAAGUUUGGUCCACAUCGCUCCAGAACCUGAAGAAGAAGAGGAGCCUCUGUUUAGGGCAAUCCGUGAAGGUGACUCAAGCAGGGUGAAAGCUCUGGCAAUGUGUCCAGGAACCAACCUGAUGCUGCCGAGUAAACCUGGCUGGCUCGCAGUUCACCAGGCUGCAUGGUUUGGACAGGAAGCGUGUUUGCGUAUGCUGCUGACAGUCCAACCAGGAAUGAUCAACAAGAGGGCAAGUGGUGGGGGGACGCCACUGCUUACUGCAGUCAGUAGAGUCCACCUGGGAUGUGUUCAACUGCUCCUGGAAAUGGGAGCUGAUCCUGACAUCCCAAAUUAUGAAAAAGAGACUCCACUCUACAAAGCAUGUGAAAGGAAUAAUCCUGCCAUUGUUGCUGCGCUGCUGAACUCUGGAGCAGAGGUGAACACGUGCUGCUAUCAUGGAUGGACGGCUCUGCAAGAAGCAGCGAGCAGAGACAACUUGGAGAUCUGCGAGAUGCUGCUGAAGGCUGGAGCAAAACACAAUGUUCGCAACUCGUACGGCAUCACUCCGCUGUUUACUGCUGCUCAGAACGGCCAACUUGCUGCACUUCGUCUCCUCAUCAAACAUGGUGCAGAUGUUAACACUCAGGCGGCUGAUGGAGCCACAGCUUUAUAUGAAGCUACUAAAAAUGGACAUACAAAAAUUGUGGAAUUGCUCCUUUCUCAAAACGCUGAUGCCAACAAGCCUGGAAAAACAGGACUUUUACCGCUUCACAUAGCUGCUCAGAGAGGAAGUGACACAAUCAUCUCCAUGUUAAUCGUGGUUACCAGUAAGGCCCGAGUCAGGCGGACCGGUAUCAGCCCACUGCACUUGGCAGCAGAACGAAACCGCGACGACACUCUGGAGUUUCUGAUCAAGGCGGGAUUCGACGUCAACGCUCAGCUGUCGGAAGAAAGAUCGAGGCUGUACGAGGACCGCCGCAGCACCGCGCUCUACUUCUCCGUCAUCAACAACAACGUUGAUGCUGUUCGCAUGCUGGUUGCUGCCGGUGCCGACCCAAACCUCGACAUGUUCAAGCCCCUGCUGGUGGCUGUGCGAAUUGGCUGCAUUCAGACGGUCCAACUCUUGGUGGAGCACGGUGCCGACAUCAAUGCUGGCAUCCCUACCCACCCCACCACCUUCCCCGCUGUCUACAUGUUCUCCAUGAAGUACCUUCCCAUGUUUAAGUACUUAUUGGACCAUGGAGGCGAGGCCCUCUCCUGUUUCAGCUGCAUAUAUGGUGGCCAGUCUCAUCCACCCAUCAAAACCAGUCGGCCGGGCGGGAACUACAACCCUGACCAAAGUCUGCCAGAGACGCUGCAGACGAGAGGCGUUCAGUUCUGUGAGAUGAUCUCGGCUCCCAGUAUCUCUCGGUGGGCAGGGCCAAUAAUUGACAUCCUACUGGACUAUGUUGGUCACGUGACUCUCUGCUCCAGACUGAUGGAACACCUAGACAGUUACUCUGGAUGGAGCGUCAUCAAGGAAAAAGCAGCUCUGCCACGGCCACUUCUGCAGCUCUGCAGGAUGCAGAUCCUGCACCUGGUUGGACGUCGAAAGUUGAAGAGGUUGCCGCUUCCUGGAGGUCUGAUCCGCUUUCUCCAACAUCAGGAGUUAUCUCUGGACGACAGCUGACCUUUUUUCAGCUGACUCACUUUGGUAACUCUUUUUCCACAACACUUUUUUUCUUUUACUAAUUGUAAUUAAUGAUAAAAUCCUGUCUCAAUUUACUAGUGUUUUGUUUUUUUGAAAAUUAAAAAUAGAAAACCAGCACUCCAAAAAAUACCUUGUUUUUAAUAAGGGCAGAAAACAGGACGUGUUUCGGCUACAUGCCAUCGUCAAUUUUUACAGAUCAGACAAACUAUGAGUCUGUAAAAAGAAAUAAAACCUCAAAGAAAAGGCAAAUUCCCAGAGGUGGGAUCCAGCUUCCUGUCUGGUUCUGGGACUGACAUUUAUUUUGCUUGCUGCUCCAUUCUGUUGACUUCAUUAUGAUGUUCAACUUUCAGCUUAGGUCCGUUUUAUGCCUCAGAAACAGAAACAAAUGAUUCAAACACAACAGUUAGUAACACAGUUCCUGGUAUUGGGAUGUUUCUAUAUGGAGUGUACAUGUUCUCCUGUGUUUGCAUGGCUUUUCUCCAGGUACUCCAGUCCCACCCGACAGUUCAAAAACAUGCAUAUUUAGGCUGCUUUCAGUCCCAGGUCUCCCUUGAAAAAUAGAUCUGUGAUUUCAGUCAGAUUUGCCUGGUUAAUUAAAAUAACUCAUCGUCUGAACUGUUUGUUCUAAAAUCAAAAAGCUAGCUCUAAUUCCUGAUUCAGGAAGCAUAGCUGCACCUCCAGAGCUUGUUUCCAGGUUUGGGACCUUGUCAUCCUAUUUUCCUUGGAGAUGUCAUGCUGUGUUAUGUCUUAAAGGGAUCCCCGAUUAGUUGUAACAUUAGACUUUAUAUGAUAAACA